AUGGCGGUCUUCAAGAAGAAGCCGAAGGCUAAGGAUGAUACCUAUAUCAUUCCGCCGGCUGCAUCCUCAGACCCAGCUCUGCCGACGAAACUAUCCCGCAGUUUGAAGCGCAAACAGAAAAAUGUGGUGGAACCAAAGCCAGAGAUUGACCUGGCCACGGUGCUUCCAGAUAAAAACGACUUUCGGACCAGCCUGCUCAUGCCUGGCCUGUCCGCUCGCUUCAGCAUGCUUCGGGAGCAGGACGACCCAACGACCAAAGUUGGCAAAGCUAGCGACGACAGUGUUUUAUUUCCAAAGAGAGCCUCUCGGCUCAACUUGUUCUCCCACAAUCCCUUAACAGAUAUUGCCGAGACAGAAUCCAUCCAGACCGCGUUUAGGGCACCAUUCUCCGACGAGGAUCGUUCCUAUUCCUUUUCUGAAGGAGCUGGAUAUGCCAGCGACGAUGCCGGGUCCGUGCUGGCGAGGACGAGGCCCGUGGAUGGCAACAACCUUUUUGGUGGUCGGCAGAAGAUGUACCGGAUACCGACUGCCAGUGGAUCAGGCUCCUCGAAAGAUUUAACCGAAACAUCUGCACCAUUGAUAUCUGGAAGGCAUGUUUACCAGAAUGAUGUUGUGCUGUCCCCGUAUCAGCAGAUGCGCCUCAAGGCUCGGGAGGGACAGGAGCGCGAGGAAUCUCGCGAGAGGCCUGCUAGUGCAGGAGCCGAAGAGCCUGAUCGCAGCAGCGUCAUCAACACUCCUUCGACGGGAUUCAGCAAGAGCAGGGGUACAACAUCAUCUACGGCCUCUGGGCCUUCAAAUCGGCGCACUUCAACCGCUGCCACGUCGGUCGUUUCGGAUACGCCGCAUCCUAGGCAGAGCAACACGAGUGCCAGCUCAAACAACCGUAUGCAGGGCUCUGAAUAUGGCAGCGAAGAAAACCUGCUGAAGCGCAACUUCUCGUCCGACUCUCGAAAAGGAUUUCAGGGGAUGGACCAUCACGCCCAACCUCCCCUCCCUAUGUCCCCAUCGAAUAGUCGUCAACUCUUUCAGUCGAGCAGUGUCAGCAAUCUUGCGGAUAAGUAUGCUCAUGGCGCUUCGUCGUUCUCCGCAAACACCCUACGCGCCGCAAGUCCCACCCCAGCUCUCCAAUCACAGGCACUGGCGUCGCUUGACUUUGGCCUCAAAAGCUCCAACAACCAUCCACGUAGAUAUCAGACAGCCUCUCCAACGAAUGAUGAAGAUGAUGGAUCAAUCUACAAACAAAGUCUUCAGCCCAACGAUCGCGGCAAGGCCACUGCUAUGGGAUUGUUCAACAGACCGCAGCAACAAUUUGACGAGGCAAAAUUCCAGGAGCGACAACUACAAAUGCACGAAGGCAGGAUAUCACCACCUGCAUCUGAUGGUCCAGACUAUGGUGGGAUUGCGGAGCGGCAGCAUGCGCCCGGUCGAGUCGUCCUUCCCACCAUUCCAACUUCUCCUUUCAAAACCUAUCGCGGCCGAGAUUCUGGUAGUACUUCGGUCACUUCUCGUUCAAGAGCACAAUCAACUGCUUCCUCUGUCAAUCCAGCACAGGUCCAAGCCCAAGUGGAAGCACUCAUCAGACGCCAGAACGAGGAAUAUUCGACACUUCAGACGCAGAGAUCCACAACAGCCGAGCCAAAUCGCCCUUCGGCGGCGUCACAGCCUCCUAAAUCACUCCGAGAGCAACCUGCGGCAUCCCGGGGAACCUUCUUCGACACCUUUGAUGGCAGUGAUGAAGAUGAUGCCGACAGCCCUAUGUUGGGCAGGUACGAGCCAGCACCGAGACUUGCUCCAUUAGAUGUCCAUCCAGCCCUCCGGGACGGCUCACAAGCUUUUGACUUUGGUGAUCAUGUCUCAGCCUUUGGCAAGCCGGGUCGACCUCAGUCGAAUGUCUCAGCGGAUACCUCUUCUCCUUCCGUGACACAUGAUACUCCGGAUACCUCAGACUCACUUCACCGUGCCUCUCACACAAAGGCCAGCGAUUCCCCUACUUUUGGGCCUACCACGGGACUGGGCUUGAGUGGUUUGAUUAGGACUCACCUGCGGCAUGACAGCGACAGAUCCUCCGUUAUGCCGCCACCUUCGCCGGGACAGCCUCCGUAUCAGUCGAAUUUCUCGAUAAGCCCCCUUCGUGACCGUGAGCCUUCUGGUGUAUCCGUGCCCACCGGCAAUUAUCGAGGCUCAGUACGUGAAAGGGAGCCUUCUGUGGCUUCUACCCAACCGGGAAACUAUCCCCCGUCUCUCCGUGACAGGGAGCCGUCCGUAGCUUCUACUGCUCGUACAACGAACCCCCCGGAGAGCACACACAGUGAUCCUUGGGAAUUUGAUAACGCCCAUCGCACUGUACGAAGUCCUCUGGAACCGGUGCACGACGAUGCCAUACCUGCUAUGUCUCAAAAAGCACAACAGAUUCUCGGCCAGGCAAUAUCUCAUAAGAACCAAGCCUCGAGCAAGACUCAACAAGUCCUGGGUGAUGAUGCCCCUGGAUCAGGCGCUCUACAACACCCUGCAAAUAGGGCAUUCCCAUCACACGACGCGCUUCCUCAUCAUCAGCGAGGGGAAAGCACGGAGACCCAGAAAGAAUUUGGCAAUGAGCUGGCUGAGCGUGCAAGAAGAAUUCAAGGGAGUCUUAAGGGAGUUGCAGAAGCCGAGAAACGGUCUCGAAGCCAAGACCGCCACAAUCCCGCUGCACAGGCGUUGCAUGCUCUUCGACACAAGACAAGCAAAACGUCUCUCGGGCCUCGGGCCAACGAGCCUCAACCCAAAGCUAUGAAGAUGCUUGGGAUAGGAGUCAGUCAAAAACCCGAGCCCAUGGGACGAUCACCAAACGUAGGAGCGAGAGGCGACUGGGACUUUGAGCAAGGAUACGACGAGCAUGACAACCGACCCACUCCCAGGCAGAGGCCUGCAGAGUUUGAACCCCCAAGUGGCAGACGAACUCCUGGGUUCUCGCGGCCUGGACCUGGACCUGGACAUGGAGCCUAUCCCAUCAACUCGAAUGAAGAUCCCGAGCGACGCUACCAACGCUCUGCGACGCCAACCUCUGGGAGAGCAAGACGGGAUCGAGCCGAGUCUGAGGCGGCCGAAAGGUCGAGAAGUCGGACGGGUCGGUAUAGAGAAGAGCCGCCAUACUCGCCUGGAGAAUAUGGUAGAACGGGUCCGCCUCACCUACCAUUACAUCGAGAACAGCAGCAACGUCCUUAUGGUCCUCCUGACGGAUCACGUGGCUAUCCUGGACCUCAUCCCUCCCGAGUGCCACUACGUGGUCCUCCCCCUGUUGAUCCGCGAACCUUCGAGAGGUCUGCGUCGGCCAUGUCAAAUCGACAACCAAGUGCGACUCGCGCUGGACCAGCUGGCUUCUACGAUGGCCGUGCGGCCACGCCAACAAUGGGUGGAACUCCUCAACUUGGAUCUGGCCCGAUGCAAGUGGGAGCACCAAGACCAUCUCCUCGACCACCUUUCCCACAUUCGCCCAUCAGUCCUUUUACAUCUCCACCUGGAGUGUCACCUGGCCUCUCUGGUCCAGCUUCCGGCGUGCUUUCUGCGCUACCAUCUCCAUCCGGCCAGCCACCGUCAGGACGUUUCACCCCUGUCGAAGGGCGGUCUACCCCAGCAGGAAGCCGCAAGAAAUCAGUCACCAAGGGUAUGAUUUCGGAACCGACAUUCAUUUCCAGCACUUCUUCGGUUCCCCUAGUCGGCUUGCCAAAUGGACCUAGGCCAACUCAAAUUGCAAGCCCUCCGAUUCCGUCAAUGAACCCACGCCGCCGUGGAAAUACCAUGACGGAUCGACCUGACGGAUACCCCAGUCCACGGAUGCCGGCGUCUCAGAUGACGGCGAUGCCUGAUUCCCCAGGUCGCGGAGGAGGUUUGCCAAUUUCUGGCUCGCAGCGUGCUUAUUUCGAUCAACAACAGCAGGUACAACAGAAGCCUCCACCGCGUCCACGGAAUCGCCUCCGAAAGAUCAGCAGCGAAGGCGGAAGCAUGGCUGCUCGCGCCCGGAACCAAGCCAUGAUGUCUGAGUUUGGUCACGAGAGGCUUCGGAGCCCAGCGAUGCCUGUAUUCCCCAACCGAAGUACUACCUCUCUCAGCAUUCACCAAGAUGGCGGCAUGUUCUGA